AUGGAAGUGAGUAGGAUUUCAUUUGGCUUGGGUUCGCCAGCUUCUAUACCCCUCCUUCAAAACCGGACGCGCACGAUCGUCGCUGGGACAAGCAAAAGGGACCUCGAAAUCGCUAAUCGCUUAUUUGGUGAAUGUAGGACGAAGGUUGACAAGGUCAAUGCGGAGCUAGUCACUUUGACGUAUGGAACCAUUGUUGCGCAGCUCUGCAACGACUAUGAUAACGAUUACAUCGAGGUCAACAGACAAUUGGAUAAGAUGGGGUACAAUAUCGGAAUGCGUUUAAUCGAAGACUUCCUGGCAAAGUCGAGCGUCGGGAGGUGCUCAAAUUUCAAAGAAACUGCCGAUAUGAUUUCCAAGGUUGGCUUCAAGAUAUUUUUGAAUAUCACUCCUACCGUGACGAAUUGGACAAGCGAUAAUAAACAGUUUUCAUUGGUGUUUGAGGAGAAUCCGCUUGCGGACUUUGUGGAAUUACCCGAUGAUGGGCGGGCACAGGAUGAACUGUGGUACUCGAAUAUUCUGUGUGGCGUGCUCAGAGGCUCAUUGGAAAUGGUGCAAAUGCAAGUGGAGGCCCAUUUUGUGAGCGAUGUUUUACGUGGAAAUGACACUACGGAAAUGCGGGUUUCUCUAGUCAGAUACUUGGAAGACGAAAUGCCGCCUGACGACGAAUGA